AUGGAAGCCCUGCAGAGGCAGCAGGCAGCCAGACUGGCCCAGGGGAUGAGGCCAUUGGCCCCUCCACGCCCACCACCACCACAGCCUCCCUUGCCUGGCCCUGGGAUUCUGCAGGCCCUUGAGAGGGCCUCAGGGAAGGUUGGGGCUGAGAAAGAGGAGGAUGCAGGAGAGGAUGAGGAGGGGGAGGAAGCUGGAGCUGAGAAAGAGGCAGCUGAAGAGAGUCGUCCAGAAACCCGGGGGCCCAGCUCACCUUCCAGCCAGCCCCCUGGACCUCAUCCCCAUGAGUGGACCUAUGAAGAACAGUUCAAGCAGCUGUACGAGCUCGAUGCAGACCCCAAGAGGAAGGAAUUUCUGGAUGACCUGUUUAGCUUCAUGCAGAAGAGGGGGACGCCGGUGAACCGCGUGCCCAUCAUGGCGAAGCAGGUGCUGGACCUGUACGCGCUGUUCCGCCUGGUGACGGCCAAGGGCGGCCUGGUGGAAGUCAUCAACCGCAAGGUGUGGCGGGAGGUCACGCGCGGCCUCAGCCUGCCCACCACCAUCACCUCCGCCGCCUUCACUCUCCGCACCCAGUACAUGAAGUAUCUGUACCCCUACGAGUGCGAGACGCGGGCGCUCAGCUCCCCCGGGGAACUCCAGGCCGCCAUCGACAGCAAUCGGCGCGAGGGCCGUCGUCAGGCUUACACCGCCGCCCCGCUCUUCGGCUCCACCGGGCCGCCCCCUCGGGGCACCCCGGGCCCCACCUCAGGUCCUGGCUCCGCCCUGCCAGCGCCCGCGCCCGGCCCCCGCCCCGCCCAGGUCUCCGCCUCCGGGCUGCCGGCGCACGCCUGCGCGCAGCUGAGCCCGAGCCCCAUUAAGAAAGAAGAGAGUGGAAUUCCAACCCCUCGACUGGCACUGCCCGUGGGCCUGGCCUUGGGACCUGCCCGGGAGAAGUUAGCACCAGAGGAGCCUCCAGAGAAGAGGGCUGUGCUGAUGGGGCCCAUGGACCCACCUCAACCUGGUGCACCCCCAAGUUUUCUGCCCCAUGGCAAGGUUCCCCUAAGGGAAGAGCGGCUGGAUGGGCCUCUCAAUCUGGCAGGCAGUGGUAUCAGCAGUAUCAACAUGGCCCUAGAGAUCAACGGGGUGGUCUACACAGGCAUCCUCUUUGCCCGCCGCCAGCCUGUGCCAAUUUCACAGGGCCCAAUUAACCCUGUACCCCCAACCCCUACAGGGCCCCCUUCCGGCACCUCACCCUGAGAGCUCCCACUUUGAAUUAAGAGUC